AGCUCGCGUUGUGAGGCGGAGACCGCUGCUGCUAGAGAAGACGCGUUUGCAGCCGAGACCGGAGACUCACCCAGCCCGAGGAGGUUUAAAGUCAGCCAGGAUGGCCUCCAGAAGGAGAGCUUUGAGCUUUAGUGAAAGACACCAGAAGCUAGUGGAUGAAAACUUCCGCAAAUCGUUGCAUAUCCAAAUCUUGAAUAAGUUAGAGAGGCAAACCAGGAACCAGAUCGUGCAAAAUGAAAACGACGAGAGGGUCGAACGGAAGAGAUUCCUCAGGGUGCUGCAGAAUGAGCAGUUUGAGCUGGACAUGGAAGAAGCCAUCCAAAAAGCAGAAGAGAACAAGAUGUUGAGGGAUCGACAGCUGGAGCAGGAAGAGAGACUUGCCAAUGAGCUGGCCCGACUAAAGCACGAGAGUCUGAAGGACGAGAAGAUGAGGCAGCAAGUGCGAGAGAACAGCAUUGAACUCAGAGAAUUGGAACAGAAAUUGAAAGCCGCUUACAUGAAUAAGGAGAGAGCUGCCCAGAUUGCCGAGAGGGACGCCAUCAAAUACGAGCAAAUGAAACGUGAUGCCGAGAUAGGCAGGACCAUGAUGGAGGAGCACGAGAGGUUCCUGAAGGAAGAGAGCAUCAAGCAAGACCGGCGGAACAGGGAGAAGGCGCAGUACCACCUGGACCUGGAGAAGCAGCUCAAAGAGCAGGAGCGGAGGAAGGAGGAGGCCUAUGAGCAGCUGCUGAAAGAGAAACUCAUGAUUGACGAAAUAGUCAGGAAGAUCUACGAGGAGGACCAGUUGGAAAGACAGCAAAAAUUAGAGAAACUGACCACAACUAAGAAGUACAUUGACGAGUUCCAGCAGGAGCAAGCCCUCUGGAGACAGAAGAAGCGUGAGGAGAUGGAGGAGGAGAACAGGAAGAUUAUAGAGUUUGCCAGCAUACAGCAGCAAAGAGAAGGCGAGCGGAUGGCCAGAGUUCAAGAGACUGAGGAAAAGAGGGCCCAGCGCCAGAAUCUGCUGCUCCAGAAACUGGAGGAAAUGCUGCGGCAGCGCGAGGACCUGGAGCAGGUGCGGCAAGAGCUAUGCCAGGAGGAGCAGGCCGAGAUCCUGAAGCAGAAACUGAAGGAAGAAGCAGAGCAGAAACUGCGGAAGCAGAGGGAGAUGAAGCAAGACUUUGAAGACCAAAUGGCCCUGAAGGAAAUAAUACUACAGGCCGCAAAAGAGGAGGAGGAGACCUUCAGAAAAGCCAUGCUGGCUAAGUUCGCUGAAGACGACCGGAUAGAGCUCAUGAAUGCCCAGAAACAACGGAUGAAGCAGCUGGAGCACAAGCGGGCCGUGGAGAAACUAAUCGAGGAGCGGCGCAGCCAGUUCCUUGCAGACAAAAAACGCGAGCUGGAGGAAUUGCAGCUACAGCAAAGACGGCAAGGCUGCAUCAAUGAGAUUAUUGAAGAAGAAAGGCUGAGACUCCUCAAAGAACAUGCUGCAAAAUUACUAGGCUAUCUCCCCAAAGGAGUGUUUAAAAGAGAGGACGACGUUGACAUGCUCGGUGAAGAGUUUAAGAAAGCUUAUCAGAAAAGGGGGGAAGCCAGUGAAGAGAAGUGAUCAGCUCUGCAGGACGGGUGAAACCUGGAUUUCUCAGAUGCUACCACUAGAUGUCAGUGUAACUGCUCUCUUCCAGUUGGUGACAGUGGGUCCCCAGUGUCUGCAUGUUCUAAAACAUCCUCCUCUUUCUCCAUUUAUAAACAGUUAGACGAAAAUUAAACACGUCAGUAGUUUAACUGAAGGAUUAGUCACUUUAUUCAUUGUGCACUCUACGAUGGCGUGCCACAGAAUCCCAUAGAACCACCGAGGCCAAGCAGAAGCAGUUUUUUCUUUCUCUUGCCAGUUAUCUCGUUGGCACUCCUGCUCUGAUUUUAAAAAAGCAUUUUACAUGUGUUUGCCUGCAACAUUUUACAUGUGUACUACAUGCAUGCAGUGCUCAAGAAGGCCAGAAAUGGGCAUCAUAUCCACUGGAGUUACAUUGUUAUGGUUGUGAGCCACUAUAUGGGUACUGGAAACCAAACCUGUGUCCUCUGCAAGAGCAAGCAGCCUGUGCUCCUAACUGUCUGAUUUUAGGUCUUCUAGGUAUGGCCAACCUGGCAUGUGGUCAGGAUAAGUAUGAAUGCAGCCCAACACAAAUAGCAACCUUAAAACAAUGCAAAAUUUUUGUGUUUCUUUUCUUUGUUGCACAGUUCUCAAGUGUGAACUUUAGUAGAUACACAAACGUCAUGUGAGGAUAAAGUGUCAGCUUUUCCUGUUCGGUGUGUUGUUACCUGUGCGUCUGUCGUAUGUUGAAGUACAUUCCUUCUGUAACCUACUUUGUUGGCAGUUUUUGUUAUAUAAAAUGUUGUUCAGUCUUGUGCUGUUACAAACUUUCUUUGUUCUGUCAACAUGGCAUGUUUAUUGAUUGAACGCUGACUCAUCUAGGAUGAGCCCACUUCGUCAUGGAGCGCGAGCUUCCUAUGCACUGUUGGAGUUGCCUGCUGGGGUCAAGAUGAGGAUUUCUGCAUCUGAGUUGAUCGGGAUAUUGGACUCUGGGAAGUUGUUGGUUUGAUUUUGUUUACUUGUCCCUUGAAUUGGCAUUACAUAGGUGGUUGUGAGCUGCCCUGUGGUGCUGGGAACUGAACUUGGGUCCUCUGCAGUAGCAGGAACACUUGACCACUGAACUCCUCUCCGGCUUCCAAUGGGACUUUCUGUUAUCUGUUUGAGCUCCUUGACCUCCUUUCUCACCAUGGGUCUGUUAGAUUUUCUGUCUCUUCACAGUUAAUUCUUGGUAGGUUGUAUAUCUCCAGAAAUUAAUUUAUUCUGUGUAACCCCAAUUAUUCAUAGAUAAUUUAAAUUUAUAACACUCUUAUGAUCCUUUGUAUAUGGUACAAUGGACGUGUCCCUUUUCUUCAUCUCUAAUUAGGCAUUUUCUCCUAUUGGCUAAAAGUUACUUUCUUUCGACAGCCAGCUCUUUCAUGUGGGUUGAGUAUAUGCUGUAUCUGCAAUUGCUUGGCAUAGAAGUUGGGAUAUUUUGUUGUAGCUGUUGAUUUUUGAUUUUGGAAUAUUUAAAAUACACAUGAUGUCUUGAGAAAGGGACCUAACUCUGAGACAGUAACUCACAUCCCAC